GGCCAGGCUGUGCAGGGCUGGGCUGCGCAGAAGCCAGCUCCUCCCUCUUGCUAUUUAUUCCUCCCCGUAGCUCUGUGGCCGAGGCUGAAUCACCCUGAACCGAGCAAGCAACGGGCUCCCAGACGCCAUGGCCAGGUUCCUCGUCACCUGCUGCCUGGUGGCCCUGCUCCUCGGCGCUUGGACUGACGUCGCCUUCUCCAAGAAGAGCAAAGGCAAACCCAGCGGAGGCAGCUGGGGCACAGGGAGCCACCGCCAGCCCAGCUACCCCCGCCAGCCCGGCUACCCCCAAAAUCCUGGCUACCCCCACAACCCGGGCUACCCCCACAACCCAGGCUACCCCCACAACCCAGGCUACCCCCACAACCCGGGCUACCCCCACAACCCGGGGUGGGGACAGGGUUACAACCCAUCCAGCGGAGGCAGUUACCACAACCAAAAGCCAUGGAAACCCCCCAAAUCCAAAACCAACUUCAAGCACGUGGCCGGGGCGGCGGCGGCGGGCGCCGUGGUGGGAGGUUUGGGUGGCUACGCCAUGGGACGUGUCAUGUCGGGGAUGCACUAUCGCUUUGACAGCCCUGAUGAGUACCGAUGGUGGAAUGAGAAUUCAGCUCGUUACCCCAACCAGGUUUACUACCGGGAUUACAGCAGCCCCGUCUCGCAGGACGUCUUUGUCGCCGACUGCUUUAACAUCACGGUGACCGAACACAACAUUGGACCCGCCGCCAAGAAGAAUGUCUCAGAGGCUGGUCCGGCGGCGAACCAAACGGAGGUGGAGCUGGAGACCAAGGUGGUGACGAAGGUGAUCCGGGAGAUGUGCAUCCAGCAGUACCGUGAGUACCGCCUGGCCUCCGGCAUCCGGCUGCACCUCGCCGACGCCUCCCUCGCUGCCCUCCUCCUCCUCACCCUCUUCGUCAUGCACUGAUGUGUCCCGGAUCCCCACGGCUUCGAGAUGUCACCUGUCCCCCCAUGGGGACCCCCAAACCCUCCCCGUUCUUGCUUGCGGUCGUCGUUGGUGAAGAGCCCUUGGGGCACACAGAUACUCCCCAUCACCUCCCCAGAGGCUCCGGUUUAAGCAACUGGAUGAAAAUUUCCUUCUCCACUCCAAAUGCGUCCCCGGCGUGGCAGGACAGCGACGGAGCUGGAAGCACGAAAAAAUGGCCUUCACCACCUCCUCCUCCUCCUCCUUGGGGCCACCCUGAGAGGGACUGAGCAGAGAGGAGCUCACGCAGUCCUCAGCAUUCCUGCAAGAGCGUUUCCGAAAAUCCUCUUGGCUAACAAGCAGGGUUUUAUCUAAUCCCCUUAGUCCCGCUGCCACCAAAAGCCCCUCUCCCCAGGGCAUGCUGCAUUGCGCCCCAGCACCUAUACACCCCCCAGGGGUUUUAGGAGGGUCAGGUUAUGGGUUUUCCAAGCAACAAGCUGCCAGGUUGCAAUUUUAACCCUUUAAUCCUAAAAACCAUCCAUCCUUCCUCAUGUACAUACCCCACCCGCUCCGCACCUUGCAUGCUGCAAAUACUUCCUGCAGCAAUAGGCAAAAAUAAUAUUAUUCUUUUUUUUUUCUUCCCCCGCCCCCUGCAGCGAGGCUGAAGCCCCCGGCCGGGUUUUGGCUGGCUCCUGCGCCGCUUUGCUUUGGGUUGAGCCUCACUGUGUUUCGUAGCCUACCUAAAGGCAAAAAGUGCUGCUGAACGCUCCAAAAAAUCCUACAAAGCAGUAACGUUUGGCGCGUCACAGCCCAAGAAAAAGCUGGGUUGGAUGCUCGAUAGGUGACAAGUCACGCUCACACUUCGGCACCUUGACCUAAGGGAUGUAAAUACAGCAAAAAGGAUGCUCGGGGGGUGUGGCGGGGGGUCGAGCACGUAGCGAGAGACAUAAAUCAGCUAAAUCAUAUGGUUACAGCAAACAGCAUCGGGAAAAGCAAUGGGAUGGGAGAUACUUUAAAAAAAAAAAAAAAAGUGAUUUGCAAGUGAUUUGUUUGACAGGCGGAAGCGGUGGGUGAAAUUUUUGCUUCUCAUCUUUGGGCCGAUGCUGGGUUGCAUGUAACCUGUAGCAUCUGCCAAGCUGUGCUUGUUGAACCGGUCACCCCGAGUUCUAUUUAAUAUCUCUUGUGUAUUUUAUUUUUUUUUUUUUUUUGCAAGGCACUGAAUGACACCGUCCUAAAUGAUUUUUCGCAUCGGUGUAAACUAAGUGAAGAAAUAUAUAUAUAUAUACAUAUAAAAAAACCAAUAUAGAGAAAUCUUUCAGGAUAUUCACCAGAAAAGCAGGGCUUUGAGGUAACUCGUACUUUGUGAUACGCGAAUGUUUUGUAAAUCCGUAACGGUGCAUGCAUGAGAUUUGCCGUUCCAAUACUUUUCUAAGUGUUCGACGUCUGGUACAAAUUAAAAUGGAUAAAGCCAAGAUGCACGUCAGCCUCCUUCGUGCAAGCAGCUCUUGUUCGGCCCCGCAGCUCCAGGGACAGAAGUGGCAUUUUUUGCCCUGCCUGUCCCUGCUUCCCCAGCCUGUGGGCGCCUUUGUUCCCUUUCAGCACUAAAUUCGGCCUAAACCCCACAAUUUCUGUUAACCUCUUCUCCUCCCCUGCUCCCACGAACGGCAUCGCUCCCAUCCAACAACUAGUUCCUAAUAAAGCCAAAGCGCUGGUUGGGGCCAGGGAUUUCUUCUCCCCAUAGAAGGUCAACACCCAUUUAUACCUUGUAUUUACUCCAUCUAUUUUCUGUCUAAUAAAAGAGUUUCUACA